GUUGCCCCGUGCCCAGGGACACCCCUUGGAGCUCACCACCGCUGUCGCCAGCCCACCUCGGCCGCCCCCUCCCCCUGGGACCCAGAGUCGGCCACCAGGAGCCACAGUCAUCCAGUGAGGUUGUGCUGAGGACAGGCACACGGAGCCAUCGCCCAGCAGCCUCUCGUCCAGCACUGACUCUCGGGCUCACCCCGAGCAGGGACUGGGGCAAACAUGGGUGACAUGACCAACAGCGAUUUUUACUCCAAAAACCAAAGAAAUGAGUCAAGCCAUGGGGGCGAGUUCGGGUGCACAAUGGAGGAGCUCCGCUCCCUCAUGGAGCUGCGGGGCACCGAGGCUGUGGUCAAGAUCAAGGAGACUUAUGGGGACACUGAAGCCAUCUGCCGGCGCCUCAAAACCUCACCUGUGGAAGGUUUGCCGGGCACCGCUCCGGAUCUGGAAAAGAGAAAGCAGAUUUUUGGGCAAAACUUCAUACCUCCAAAGAAGCCAAAAACCUUCCUGCAGCUGGUGUGGGAGGCACUGCAAGAUGUGACGCUGAUCAUCCUGGAAAUCGCGGCCAUCAUCUCCCUGGGGCUGUCCUUUUACCACCCGCCUGGAGAGAACAAUGAAGGAUGUGCGACGGCCCAGGGAGGGGCAGAGGACGAAGGGGAGGCAGAGGCGGGCUGGAUCGAGGGGGCGGCCAUCCUCCUCUCUGUCAUCUGCGUGGUCCUGGUCACGGCCUUCAAUGACUGGAGCAAAGAGAAGCAGUUCCGAGGCCUGCAGAGCCGCAUCGAGCAGGAGCAGAAGUUCACCGUGGUUCGGGCCGGCCAGGUGGUCCAGAUCCCUGUGGCGGAGAUUGUGGUUGGGGACAUCGCCCAGGUCAAAUAUGGUGACCUCCUCCCUGCUGACGGCCUCUUCAUCCAGGGCAAUGACCUCAAAAUCGACGAAAGCUCCCUGACGGGGGAGUCUGACCAGGUGCGCAAGUCCGUGGACAAGGACCCCAUGCUGCUGUCAGGGACCCAUGUGAUGGAGGGCUCUGGACGGAUGGUCGUGACCGCAGUGGGUGUGAAUUCUCAGACGGGCAUCAUCUUCACCCUGCUGGGGGCUGGCGGUGAGGAGGAAGAGAAGAAAGACAAGAAAGGUAAAAUGCAGGAUGGCAAUGUGGACGCCAGCCAGAGCAAAGCCAAACAGCAGGACGGGGCAGCCGCCAUGGAGAUGCAGCCCCUCAAGAGUGCCGAGGGCGGCGACGCGGACGACAAAAAAAAGGCCAACAUGCACAAGAAGGAGAAGUCGGUGCUUCAGGGCAAGCUCACCAAGCUGGCUGUGCAGAUCGGCAAGGCGGGCCUGGUGAUGUCGGCCAUCACAGUGAUCAUCCUGGUGCUCUACUUCACCGUGGACACCUUCGUGGUCAACAAGAAGCCAUGGCUACCCGAGUGCACGCCCGUCUAUGUGCAGUACUUUGUCAAGUUCUUCAUCAUUGGUGUGACGGUGCUGGUGGUCGCCGUGCCUGAGGGGCUCCCUCUGGCUGUCACCAUCUCGCUGGCCUACUCGGUGAAGAAAAUGAUGAAAGACAACAACCUGGUACGCCACCUGGAUGCCUGUGAGACCAUGGGCAAUGCCACCGCCAUCUGCUCGGACAAGACGGGCACGCUGACCACCAACCGCAUGACGGUCGUGCAGGCUUACGUCGGCGACGUCCACUACAAGGAGAUCCCCGACCCCAGCUCCAUCAACGCCAAGACCAUGGAGCUGCUCGUCAACGCCAUUGCCAUCAACAGCGCCUACACCACCAAGAUUCUGCCCCCGGAGAAGGAGGGUGCCCUGCCUCGGCAGGUGGGCAACAAGACGGAGUGCGGCCUGCUGGGCUUCGUGCUGGACCUGAAGCGGGACUACGAGCCCGUGCGCACCCAGAUGCCAGAGGAGAAGCUGUACAAGGUAUACACCUUCAACUCUGUGCGCAAGUCCAUGAGCACCGUCAUCAAGCUGCCGGACGAGAGCUUCCGCAUGUACAGCAAGGGCGCUUCCGAGAUCGUGCUCAAGAAGUGCUGCAAGAUCCUCAGCGUGGCGGGGGAGCCCCGGGUCUUCCGGCCCCGCGACAGGGAUGAGAUGGUGAAGAAGGUGAUCGAGCCCAUGGCCUGUGAUGGCCUCCGCACCAUCUGUGUGGCCUACCGCGACUUCCCCAGCAGCCCGGAGCCCGACUGGGACAACGAGAAUGACAUCCUCAACGACCUCACCUGCAUCUGUGUGGUGGGCAUCGAGGACCCCGUGCGGCCCGAGGUCCCAGAAGCCAUCCGCAAGUGCCAGCGAGCAGGCAUCACAGUCCGCAUGGUCACCGGUGACAAUAUCAACACGGCCCGGGCCAUCGCCAUCAAGUGUGGCAUCAUCCACCCUGGGGAGGACUUCCUGUGCCUGGAGGGCAAGGAGUUCAACCGGAGGAUCCGCAACGAGAAGGGGGAGAUUGAACAAGAACGGAUUGAUAAGAUCUGGCCAAAACUGCGGGUGCUGGCUCGCUCCUCGCCCACGGACAAGCAUACCCUCGUCAAAGGUAUCAUCGAUAGCACCCACACAGAGCAGCGGCAGGUGGUGGCCGUGACGGGGGACGGCACCAACGACGGGCCUGCGCUCAAGAAGGCUGACGUGGGCUUCGCCAUGGGCAUCGCAGGCACGGAUGUGGCCAAGGAGGCCUCGGACAUCAUCCUCACGGAUGACAACUUCAGCAGCAUCGUCAAGGCGGUGAUGUGGGGCCGCAACGUCUACGACAGCAUCUCCAAGUUCCUGCAGUUCCAGCUGACGGUCAACGUGGUGGCCGUGAUCGUGGCCUUCACGGGCGCCUGCAUCACGCAGGACUCCCCGCUGAAGGCCGUGCAGAUGCUCUGGGUAAACCUCAUCAUGGACACGUUCGCCUCGCUGGCGCUGGCCACCGAGCCGCCCACCGAGACCCUGCUCCUGAGGAAGCCGUACGGCCGCAACAAGCCCCUCAUCUCUCGGACCAUGAUGAAGAACAUUCUGGGCCACGCCGUCUACCAGCUCACCCUCAUCUUCACCCUGCUUUUUGUUGGCGAGAAGAUGUUCCAGAUCGACAGCGGGAGGAACGCACCCCUGCACUCGCCACCCUCGGAACACUACACCAUCAUCUUCAACACCUUCGUCAUGAUGCAGCUCUUCAAUGAGAUCAACGCCCGCAAGAUCCACGGCGAGCGCAAUGUCUUCGACGGCAUCUUCCGGAACCCGAUUUUCUGCACCAUCGUGCUGGGCACCUUUGCCAUCCAGAUAGUGAUCGUGCAGUUUGGAGGGAAGCCAUUCAGCUGCUCUCCGCUGCAGUUGGACCAGUGGAUGUGGUGCAUAUUCAUUGGGUUAGGAGAGCUCGUCUGGGGACAGGUCAUCGCCACCAUCCCGACCAGCAGGCUCAAGUUCCUCAAGGAGGCGGGGAGGCUCACGCAGAAGGAGGAGAUCCCGGAGGAGGAGCUGAAUGAAGACGUGGAGGAGAUAGACCACGCGGAGAGGGAGCUGCGACGGGGCCAGAUCCUGUGGUUCCGAGGCCUGAAUCGGAUCCAGACCCAGAUUGAAGUAGUCAAUACUUUCAAGAGCGGGGCCUCCUUUCAGGGGGCCUUGCGGAGACAGUCCUCCGUCACCAGCCAGAGCCAGGACGUAGCCAAUCUCUCUAGCCCUAGUCGCAUUCGCGUCGUGAAGGCGUUCCGUAGCUCUCUCUAUGAAGGUCUAGAAAAGCCUGAGUCUCGAACCUCCAUCCAUAAUUUCAUGGCUCACCCCGAAUUCCGGAUCGAAGAUUCCCAGCCCCACAUCCCCCUCAUCGACGACACCGACCUGGAAGAAGAUGCCGCGCUCAAGCAGAACUCGAGCCCGCCUUCGUCGCUCAACAAGAACAACAGCGCCAUCGACAGCGGGAUCAACCUGACGACCGACACAAGCAAAUCAGCUACCUCUUCAAGUCCAGGGAGCCCCAUCCACAGCCUGGAGACGUCGCUUUAGCUGAGGACCCCGCCGCCACCCACCCCCGGGCCCCACCCAUCCAGGCACCCAGCUCACCCAAGCAGCAACGAGCAACAACAGGAAACCAAAUACUGGCGAGAAAACCAACAUUUCCACCCAACAGACCCUUUUUUCUGGCUGCGAUGCUGUUUGAACUCUUUUUCACUCUGAGGCAAGGGGCGGGGUCUCCUUGGGGGGAGUGGGGGGAGGCUCACAGGAGUGAGCGAUUUUCCCAGAAGGAGCCCUUCCCGGCUCCCGCCCGCGAACAUGGACCAGCCAUGCACCCGCCAGGCCACCACGUCCCCUGCAUGAAUGUACUGUACACUUCCAGUCCUCCCCUUGUUUGGUUUGGGGGGAGGGAGGGGGUCGGGGAGGGUUUUUUGUUUGUUUUCUUAGGCGGGAACUGACAACAGACUCUUUUCUGAGACUAUUUAUCCAAUCCACUGGUCUGUGAGUUUUUGAAAUGCUUGCACAGCAUGGUCUCAGUUGCAUAGGUUAAUUUAACAACGUUUUGAAACUGCAGAGCUUAACUCACCUAGUAAAUUUGCACCAAUGGAACCGAAGAACUUCAUAGACACUCACAAGGUUAUAUCCAUUUCUUUGUAUCUAUAUCAACGUAUACUUUUCCGAGACUGUAUACGUCCAUAUAGAUAGGUAUAUAUAUAUAUAUAUAUAUAUAUAUAUAUAUAUAUACACACAAGGAUAUAUAAAGUUUUUUUGCCGGCAUGUUGCCUUGUUUCCGCUUAAAUUGCUCUAUUUUAACUUAUUUAUGUCCUAAAACAAGAAUGUAAUUUGUUUACAAACCUGUAGAUAACGUCUUUGGCUAUUUGUACGGUUUAAGAACACUGGUGGCUGGUGGCUGGGAUGCUAGAAAGACGGCUCAGCCCAACAGACACUUCCCUGGAUUGCAUCCUUGAUGUUUUACAAUAGCCAUGCUCUGAUUUUUGCCUGCUGUUUCCGUUCCAUUAUGUCACUACCGUGGGCGGCUCAGGCAGAAGCCAAACGCUACCGAGUGUCCAUCCAGAGGGGGUUAACACCAUGCUCGUGCUCUGUAGACGCAGGGAGAGGAGGAGAGAAGGCUUCCUAACAGCCGGCUCGGCCCGAGGAUGACGGGGCCCGCCAAGCUCUGGUUGAAGACUUUUCUCUCGAUGAAACUCGCUUGAGUUUACUAAGAGCAUUUCAGAAAAAGGUUCUCUUUGGCACUGUCCGUACAGAGAUGGAGGUAGUGUCGCAAUAUUAUAAAUGCUACUGUGUUGAUUUUUUUUUUUUUUUUUUAGUAAUUUAGAAGUUUAUUUACUUAUAAAUUGCAGCGUCUGAGCUGUUGGCAUACUGAAUGAGGAUCAUUAAGGCCUGCUGCUUUUAUUUUUAUUUUUGAAGAAGAAUAGCCUUUUUCUCUGCACUAUUUAGAUCCGAACGAACCUUAUGAUGUGUAUAUUGAGAUGUAUUCAGUGUGAUUUUUAAACCAAAUUGUCUUCCUGUAGUCGCAAUAUAUACUGUAGCCUUCCGACGGCAAGUCUUGCUUUCCCAGACAGAAAGCCAUUCUGAAACCCUACAGUAUCACAGGUGAGAAAAGGUGGUUAUUUUCGCCCCAAGACAAUAACGGCACUAGGAACCCCACUUAACGAGAGCUUAUUUAAUUGUACGUCAGCCUCUUAACUGCUAAGCACUUUGUGGGUAUCAGCUGUUUUCAUAAAAGAACUUUUGUAUUUAAUACAAAGUUUGCUUUGAGACUUUUCAGCAUACAAUCUUUUUCCAUAAACUUGUACAGUGCAAAAGACAUUUUGAAUACCAUGAUCGAUGACGUCCCAUGCAUCGAGGAAAACCAAACACUUUUUCACCUCGCUUGCAAAACCCGCAUUCCUCACGCCGACCCUUCCCACAGUUGCUCUGUGUCUGCUCGGCCCUUCCCUUCUCAAGGCCCAGAGAAUUCUUCCACACACAAGAUGAGAGCCACUCGGGAAAAGAGCCAUAGUCAGCUGGGAGGGCCUACGUCUGGGUGGCCGUGAAGAAAACCUGAGGGUUUGGGAUCCCAAGUCAGCCCAUCCCACCUGGCAAAACCUUCCCGGAAGGAGGACCUUCUGUGUGCAAGAGCAUCACCUGCAUGUCGUGAAGGAAUAUCUCUGAAUGUACCCAGCAGAGGAAACUGCAUCCCCAAAGGGGUGACCAGCCCUCAGAUACGCCUAUUGGAUUCCAACAUAAACACCACCAGAAGCCAGCCCACUGCUCACCUGCCGAGAAAGCAAAGACCCGCACGUGGAAAACGUGGAGCAGCCCUGGAUCACCGUGGUUUUUCGUAGUUUCUUUUCUCAAGGUUUUCCAUCUCCCCACCUUCUUCGCUCCAGUCUUGUGUCCAUGACCUCAUCCCGCGACGCCAGGAAAGCUGCGCUUGCACAACUGUGCUCCCUGUUUUUUUGGAGCCAGGACACAGGGAAAACCAGGAGGGGUUUCUCUGAGGGGAGCCUCGCUUGGAGAACAGGGAGCAGCGGAAGUGACGGAGGACACCCGACAUCCGCGUUGGGCUCUUCUUGUCAGGAAUGAUGGAUGCUCACACACACACACACACACACACGCACGCACGCACACACGCACGCACGCACACGCACACAGGAAAUGAUUGGUUUGUCCAAACUCACUGUAGUUCAUACAGCUUGCACUCUGCGUCCUUUAUCUAGCAGCAUGGGGUACAUUUGGCAGUUCACCCCAUUAGGGGGUAAAUAAUUUAUGACCAUUCAUCUGUUUUUAUGAAUUUUUUUAUCUAGACAAUAACUGUAAAUAAAGAACUCACCGUCUCUGUUCAUUUAAUACUA